AUGGCUGCCUCUUGCUCUACUUUUCCCUUCUUGGCACAGUCGGAGUUUGAGGGUGCAUGUCAAGAUCUUGCCGAUCGAUGCACUUCAGCCCAAAAUAUUGGCUGGUCCAUUCGACUGCUCACAAAGCCAGAUGGAACCGGCCUCAGAAUAACAAAAUAUGUUGAUGCCCCCAGCCCGCUAGAAGUCCCAGCACUGGAGGACCUUGAAACUUCACAGGAUGAGGAUCCGGUCUGCAGAGUUCUAGCCCCAAGGGACGUGUCCACUUGUCCUAACUCUUCACCGCAGGAAGCUCUCGUUCGCACCAAACCCCAACCCAGCUUACAGAUCGAUUAUGACAUCUUGUUGUCCCCCACAUAUCAGGUCCCCACCUUGUACUUCGGCCUCAGGUGGGACAACCACGGUCCACUCGGACUAGACGAAGUCUACCAGUAUGUCGUGCCGGAACGGUACAGGCAAGAAUUGAAGAGUGUGGGUGUAAUGGGUGGGAUUAGUAUGGGUUACCAUCCUGACUCUGGCGCCCCGGCCUUUUUUGUCCACCCAUGCAACACCGCGGACGCGAUGGCGAACAUUGCAGACGCACAGAGCGUCACUCCUGGAUCAUAUCUCCUCAUCUGGCUCGGCCUUGUAGGUCAUUGCGUGAACCUGCACGUCCCACGCGAGCUUUUCGCUUAGCACAGUACCAGCCAAUACUCUUGCAUAUGCUGGAAACGCUGGGGAAUAAUAAAAAAAAAAUCAAAUGCAAAGUGAGGACUUCAAGUCUCUCUCAGCCCCCAGCAGGGCCCCACUCAGU